GCGUGUGUACUUUUUCAGUUUUUGCGUAUGGUUUUUGUAAGUUUGUUAUUUCCUUGACCUUGUCGUUUUAUGCGUCGCUUAGACACUGGCCCUGCCUAGAACUAACAUGAAGCUAGCGACAACCAGUUUUUUUUGUCAUUUUUCAGAAAGUUAGGAUAAAACUCAGCUGGCAAUGGCAAAGAAAGUGACAUCAUGUGAUACCUUUGUGGCUUUGCCACCAGCAACAGAGAAUGGUUGUGUGGUAUUUGGAAAGAACUCUGACAGACCACAUGGGGAAGUGCAGGAGGUGAUAUACUUACCAGCAGCAGAACACUCUGAAGGCAGCAAACUUCGGUGUACUUACAUCAAGAUUGACCAGGUGCCACACACACAUGCAACAAUAUUGUCGCGCCCGGCAUGGCUUUGGGGUGCAGAAAUGGGUGCAAAUGAACAUGGCGUUUGCAUUGGGAACGAGGCAGUAUACACAAAAGAACCAUGUUCCUGUGAUGAUGGCUUGUUAGGCAUGGACUAUGUGAGACUUGGUUUGGAAAGAGGAAAAACGGCGAAGGAAGCUGUACACGCUAUGACAUCUGUGCUGGAGCAGCACGGACAGGGAGGGGCGUGUGCUGAGGACGAGGCGUGGUCGUAUCACAACAGCUACAUCGUUGCUGACCGGACCGAAGCAUGGGUGCUGGAGACGGCUGGAAACUGGUGGGCUGCAGAACGAGUGGACAGUGGUGUAAGAAAUAUAUCAAAUGAACUAACCAUAGGAAGUAAAAUCGAUGCUAUGGCUGAAGGAUUAAAAGAACAUGCCAAGGCAAAAGGUUACUGGAAUGGGGAUGGAGACUUCCACUUCUCAAAAACCUUUUCCAGUAUGGGUUCAGAACCGGGGGCGCGACAGGUGGCUGGAAAAUGGCUAUUGACAAAGAAAUCUAUGUCAGGUGAAUUCAAUGCGAAAGACAUGAUGGACAUACUCCGAGACGAGCGAUCCGGCAUCUGCAUGGUGGGAGCGUUUACCUCUGUAGGUAGUCAGGUUUCGGUGCUACCUCCCCCCGACGCUACAGCCCCUCCUUGCCAUUGGUUCACCGGCACACCCAACCCAGCUCUCUCCAUAUACAAGCCGUUCAUUUUCACUCCAAACGUGAAGAUGACAGAGAGUACCAAGUCGCCGGACUAUGGAAGCGAAGACCCGCUGCUAACAACACCUCGGUUUCAUACACAGGUGGACCGUGAGCAUCCACUGUGGAAUGCGCAUGAACACGCGUACGCUGCGCUCAGCAAGAGGGACAGAGUGCUCCUGACGACGAUGCGGGAGCUCGAGACCAAGUGCGUGAACGAGACGAAUGCUUUUGUAAAAGGCGUAUCGCGGUCACGGCUGCAGGAAGCUGACGAUCUGUUUAAGAAACACGUGGAUGCUGAGAUGAGUUUCUACAAGUGAAAGAAAAGAACGAAUGCUGUGUAUACUGUGUAUGUAAUACAGGGCAUGAUGAUAAAGGGAAUAGCUUUCCGAACUGUGAUUAGCUCUUGGCAAACUUUCAGUGUAGUAGUAUGGGCAGUCUGGUAUACGUCAUAUUUGGCAGGACCAUGAG